CGAAUACAGAUAUAUUACAAUGAAGGAAAGGCGAUUCUAGAUUUCCAAUCUAGUCCGAUAUUAUUCACUAAAGGCUUAUAUACUGGAUCCAGUCUUUGACAAAAAUAUAAAAUUAUGACAAGUUCAAAUCACUGGCAUGUUGACAGUAUUGAUGAUGCACUUGCUGCUGACUUUGAUGGAAGUCUGUCAGGUUUGGGAAUGGAGCUAGGGACUGGCUCUUUCAACAUGAGUGAAACAUUGAUGGCUUUACCAACCCUGAAUAGUUUGAAACAAGAACAAGAAACUAAUGGUGAGAUUUCCAACAAUAAUGGUAAUAGUGACAACCAAAAUCAGAGUAGUGAAGACACAACCCGAUCUACACAAGUAGUACUCCAAGGGAAGAAGAAUAGACUGCCUCUGACCAACUAUGAUGAUUGUUCUUACAGUACCACUAAACGAUUCUGUGUUAGCACAGAAAGAGAUCCAAUUGACAGCCCAGUACCAGAAGUUAGCAGAUAUCGACACAGCUCAUCUGUACCUGAUUUGCAUGCAGCAGCAUCACAGUCUCCUGCUUCAAUCACUGUUGAUACAUCCGUCCUCACUCAUAUGCUUCAACUAUCAUCUGUAUCUCCUUCAACUAUCCACAAUCAAGUGACAGCACAAGAAUCCAACUCUUCGAUAGUUCUUCCUGUUCUCCAUAGCACAGAAUUUCAGUACAUUCUUGGGGCUGCAACUGCCAUAGCCACCAAAAUGCAUGAGGAAACAAUGACAUAUCUAAACCAAGGACAGUCAUAUGAAAUUAAGCUGAAAAAACUGGGAGACCUAACAGAAAUGAGAGGAAAGUUAUUAAAGAGUUUUAUCAAAGUUGGAUUUCAAGAGAGAAGGUUGCAAUUUGUAGAAAAAGAACAAAUCGCCCUGUGGCAACAGCAGCGUCCCAGUGAAAGAAUAUUAGAAAUUGACAUUCCACUGUCCUAUGGAGUUUAUGAAGUUAUAAAUGAUCCUCAGGCAGUGAACAAAUGUGAAUUUUUAUGGGAUCCCACUAAGGAAACUGGAGUAUUCAUUAGGGUGAAUUGCAUUAGCACAGAAUUUACACCUAAAAAGCAUGGUGGGGAAAAAGGAGUUCCAUUUCGCAUCCAGAUUGAAACAUACAGCCAUAGUGGUGAUCUUGCUGAAAAGCUGCAUGCAGCUUCUUGUCAAAUGAAAGUAUUCAAGCCUAAAGGUGCAGACAGAAAACACAAAACGGAUCGAGAGAAGAUGAUCAAGAGGCCGCAAUCAGAACAAGAGAAGUUUCAACCAUCUUAUGAUUGUACAGUCCUGACUGAGUGCUCAGCAGAAACUCUCUACUCAACCUCCCCACCACCUAUUACAUGUACUUCCAACAUGUCCUCUACCUCCUUCACAACUUCCACUUCAGUCAGUAUCUCCCCAAAAAGUUCAAGUCCAGAGUUAACAAGUGUGUUCAAGCCCAUUGAACAGAUUCAGUCCCCUCCAAGUCCGAUAGCAGAUGUGAUAUCCUUACCUGAGCUAUCUCCUCGAGCCACUGUAGGUUCAGACUUGUUGAGACUGACCAGAAAUGAUCUUAUUCAGAUUUGUGGCCUCACUGAUGGGAUAAGACUGUACAACACUCUUCAUUCCAGGAGAAUACCACCUCGUUUAACUAUUUAUGUAUGUCCUUCAUCAGAACAAGUUUUUCGAGCCAUCUUUUUUGAGAAGUUAACAGUAACAGAGCUAGUCACCCAAUUCAAUAAUGUUUUCUCCCUACAUCUCCAAACUCACACUUCAAUAUGUUGUUGUGGACCAUCUGGUAUCAAGGUUCUACUCACAGAUCAGGUUGUCCAAAAUAUGCAAGAUGAGGCGAUGUUUACACUUGAAUUAAGUAAAGGUAACAACAGGUGUUAUAUUUUCAUGCUUGAAUAUGCAGAGAAUUGUAUUGUUUUAGAAUUAUAG